AUGGAGGAACUUAUGGAGCUCUCUCUUUCUCCAUGCAAAAUCACCUUUGCAAAACGUUUAAACAGAAAGAUACGUGAUCCUGACUCCAAGGAAAUAUCCUGGGUCCCGUCUGAAACCGUCCUCCUAACCUUUGAAGGGUCUGUAGUUCCCGAGAAGAUUCAGGUGUUCGGACUUCUCAACAAAAAUAUUGAGCCUUACAUCGAACGGGUGAGAACCUGUGUCAAUUGUGGAGGCUAUGGGCACACCGCUUCUAGAUGCAGAGGACCAACCAUCUGCUUCAACUGUGGUGAACACAAAAAAGAUGAACAGCACUCCUGUAACGCUCUUACUGGUUGUCUUCAUUGCAAGGGUGACCACUCUACCUUCCACCCGGAUUGCCAAACUAUGAUCUUCAACCAAGAGGUUAAUCGAACCCUUGCCUUCCACGAUGUCUCUAUAUAUGAAGCACUUGCGCAAACCAGAGAGGAACUUGGUCUUGUAAAGCAAAGACCUCCAAGACAGUCAUCCGCUAACUCAUCCAAUCCCUCAUCAUUUCCUUCUCUUCCUCCAUCUACAUCUAAAAAAGAAUACACUUUGAGAACCAUCGGUGGCAUUCAGAAGGAACGCCCUGCUAGUCAAUGGAAUAACAAUAUCCUAAAAACGUAUUCAAAGAAAGUGCCAUUGUCGGCAGCUCUUCUUCAAUCAUUUCGAUACCAUUGGAAUCUCCUCAGAAGGAAUCUUCUUCUGCUAAACUCGCAUCGCAUUCCUCCAAACCUUCAACAUCCUCUCACACAAACCGGGAAACAACACAACAAAACAGCAGCUUAA